UUGAUGUGACCCCCUGGGACUUCCUUGUUGGACAUCAUGGGAUGUGGCACCUCUGUUGCUAUGGAGACACAAGAGAAAAAAGUGGAGACAGACGACACAGUGAAGUCUCCCAGCCCAGCUCUGACUAUGAAGGCAGCUGUUCUGAUCCAGCGAUGGUACCGGCGCUACAUGGCCCGUCUGGAGAUGAGGCGCAGGUACACCUGGAACAUCUUUCAGUCCAUCGAAUAUGCCGGGGAACAAGACCAGCUACAGCUCUCCAGUUUCUUCAGCUUCAUGCUCGACAACUUCACACAGCUGAAUGGAAAUGGACCAGACUUGAUCUCCCAGCUGCUGGACCCGGUGGUGGACCCCUGGUUAGACAGAGAGACCUGCUACAACUUGAUCCCUGUUCCAGAGUCGUACACCGGGCCCCGACUGUCGUUUCCCCUCUCUGUCUCUGAUACGAAUGCUCUCCUCAGUGCAUUUAAGGAGCAGCAGACUCUACAUGCCAGAUAUGUUCUGCAGCUGCUGUACGAGACCAAGAAGCUCCUCAAACAGAUGCCCAACAUCAUCCACCUGUCGACAUCCUACACCAAAGAGAUCACUAUAUGUGGUGAUCUGCACGGGCGGCUUGAUGACUUACUUCUUAUAUUUUAUAAGAAUGGCCUUCCCUCUGCGGAGACGCCUUACGUGUUCAACGGGGACUUUGUGGACCGUGGGAAAAAGUCCGUAGAAGUAGUCGUCCUCCUGUUCGCCUACCAGCUGCUUUACCCUGAUUACAUGCACCUGAACCGAGGCAACCAUGAAGACCACAUCAUGAACCUCCGAUAUGGGUUCACAAAAGAAGUCAUGCAGAAAUACAAGACUCAUGGACGAGAGAUCCUCCAGCUGUUUCAGGAUGUUUUCAGCCUCUUGCCCGUCGCGACGGUCAUUGACGGGAAGAUCCUGAUUGUUCAUGGAGGGAUAUCAGACCAGACCGACCUGGACUUCCUCAGCUCCAUAGAGAGGCACAAGGUGAAAUCUGCCCUGAGGUUUCCCAGGUGUAGUUUGGAGCAGCUGGACAUCAGUCAGUCCUGCAGACAAAUGAAAAGAAUGAGAUCCACAGCCAGCUCUCGUCCCAGCAGCAGUCGCAGCUACAACAAGAACCAAAGAACCCCGAACCACAGAAAGAGGCGAUGUGGACACAGCCGACAAGACAGCGCCGCCUCCACUUCUUCCUCCUCCUCCUCAUCAUCCUCGUCCUCUUCGCUCUGCUCUCCUCGAACUCCAUCGUGCCUCUCUCCUCGUCCGUGCCCGUCUUCUCCCUGCACGCCUUACAAUAUCAAUGUCCUCCAAGUGCCUUUCCUGGACUCUCUGUCCUGUGUCCCCCCUCCUUCGCCUCCACAACAGGAUCGGGAUUGGAAACAGAUAGUGGAUAUAUUGUGGAGUGACCCUAAAACCCAAGAAGGCUGCAGUCCCAACACAUUCAGAGGAGGAGGCUGCUACUUCGGCCCUGACGUCACACAGAGACUGCUGCUCCAACACGGACUCCAGCUGCUCAUCAGAUCCCAUGAGUGCAAACAGGAGGGAUAUGAGCUCUGUCAUGAUGGACAGGUGAUCACCAUUUUCUCAGCAUCGAACUAUUAUGAGGAGGGAAGUAACCGUGGUGCCUACAUCAAAGUAGGCAGAGAGCUGGUUCCCCGCUUCUACCAGUAUCAAGUCAGCCGCACAACACGCAAACUCACCCUGACACAGAGGUACAACAGCUUACGAGUUGCUGAAGGCUCUGCCCUCAAGGCCCUGAAGGAGAAGCUGUUCUCCCAUCGCUCUGAGCUGCUGUCGGGCCUCCAGCAGUACGACCAGAAUAACACAGGUACUGUUACAGUUUGUGAAUGGGCUCAGGUGCUGGAGUCUGUACUGAGACUGGAUCUGCCCUGGAGGACACUUCGUCCACACUUAGCCCGUCUGGCACCAGAUGGCAGUGUGGAGUAUCAGUCCAGCUUUGAGGACAUGGAACCAGGGCUUCCUCUGCCUCAGGUGACUCCAAACUUGGCUGAAACUCUGUUCAGAUACAGGACAGACAUUGAGAUUAUAUUCAACAUUAUAGACAAAGACCAUUCAGGUCUGAUCUCCAUUGAGGAGUUUCGUCACACCUGGCGGCUCUUCAGCGCCCACCUGGGAGUCGAUAUUGAUGACAGUGCCAUCGAUGACCUAGCUCGAAGUAUCGACUUCAACAAAGACGGCAGUAUAGACUUCACAGAGUUCCUGGAGGCCUUCAGAGUGGUACACAAACUGGACAACAAGGAUCACCAACUUAAUGGAAGGAUGGAUAGAGAAAAGUGUUUGUGA